AUAAACGAUGAUAAUCCAAUAAAAGUUUCUAUCUAUAAUAUUUUGGCAUUGCUAAUGAGCGAACAAGAUAUUAAAAAUGAACUCAGUAAUGCAAAGGCAAUAAUUGGGACGUUGAUUACUUGUAUACGUGACGCUAACGAACACUUUGAAGGCGAGAGUGCUGGGGGUGGUGGAAAUUUAUCCGAUUUGAUGGUAACACUAAAAGCAUUUCUGCAACAUGAUCAAUUAAAAAAUGAAUUUAUUCAGAACAAUGGUUUACAAUUAUUAAUGAUAUUGGCCAUGAAAGAGGCAAUCUCAUGGAAAGAGGUUCUCAAAGAUCUAUCCGAAGCUGAAAAGAAUGACCUAUUCGUACGAAAAUAUAUGAUUGAAGAUCAAAAUAAAAGCGAACAAAUACAACAAUUGGCACUAGAAAGUUUUUUUACAAUGUCAUUUAACGACGAAGCAGCUAAAUUAUUAAAGCAAAACGUGCAAUUUAUGAAUCAUAUUCGAGAACUUGUUGAUGACCAUAAAAUAACAACAACAACAAAUGCUGGUUUGAAAAAAGCAGCAGAUGGUGUUCUGUGGAAAUUGGAAAAGGAAGAGGAAUUUAAAAAACAACAGGAAGAAACAUCCACAAAGACCCGACAAGAAGAAUUUGAUUUGAUGAUUAGCUACAGUUGGGAUGAUAAACCAUUAGAAGGUGUCUGA